AUGAAGGUGCCAACGCCGGUCAGCAUCCCCACCAUCCGGGGUGAUCAGGCUGCGGCGAGGCAAUGCUAUUCUUUGACUGUAUCUCGCGGCAAGGGAAAGUCUGAGAUGUUGCCCGUAGCUACUAACCCUCUGACGGACAGGUACGAGGAUCCCAGAAAUGAUACCGACUCUGACAAAGAACGGCCCAGUGCCGUGGAAGACAUUGAAGAGGUGGUACUAUCAGAGCAGUUCCCGGACAGGACUGUCAAAGUAGGUACCAGGCUGUCUCCGGUUAUCAGGGAAAAGUUGAUCUCGUUCCUCCGCUCUAACGCAUCUGCUUUCUCCUGGUCAUACGAGGACAUGCCUGGUAUACCAACUGAGAUAGCCACGCACAAUCUAAGCAUUAUUCCUUUCUCAGCACCGGUAAGACAAAAGCGAAGAGCCUUCACACACGAUAAGUACCGGGCUAUCCAGGUUGAAGUGAAGAAGUUGAUGACCAUCAACUUUGUCAUGGAAGUGACAUACCCCCGGUGGUUAGCCAACGUGGUCAUGGUACCAAAGAAAUCUCCGAGAUCAUGGCGCAUUGGGUACAACCAAAUUCGAAUGAACCAGGCAAACGAGGAGCACACUACCUUUACCACAGACAAAGGUCUCUAUUGCUACCAGGUCAUGCCUUUUGGAUUGAAGAAUGCAAGUGCCACUUAUCAGCGACUUGUCAACUCCAUGUUUGAAGAAGUCAUCGGUACUAUCAUGGAGGUAUACGUGGACGAUAUGCUAGUAAAAAGUUUAACCUCAGAGGAUCACGUAACCAACUUGUCAAUUGUCUUCACCAUCAUAUUACGCAAUGGUAUGCGGCUUAACCCACAGAAGUGCAUCUUUGGGGUCGAGGUAGGAAAGUUCCUCAGACUGCUAAAAACCCAGCACGUCGAGGUAAUAGCUUGGACUGCUGAGCACGAGGCUGCUUUUCUUAGCCUGAAGGCAUACUUGUCAGAGUACUCGGUGUACUACGCUGGAAAAGGUUACACUGGUGCAGAAUCCAGAUACCCGGACAUUGAAAAAAUAGCAUUGGCCCUCCUGUUAUCGGCCCAUAAGCUUAGACAUUACUUCCAGGCACACUCAAUCACUGUUUUCACUAAUCACCCAUUGAGGAAGGUUUUGCAGAAGCCAGAGACAUCAGGCAGGUUAAUUAAAUGGGCCAUCAAACUAGGGGAGUUCGAUAUCAAGUACCAGCCCCGGACAGCUAUUAAGGGCCAGGCAGCGACAGAUUUUAUUUCUGAGUCAAUUCCCUCUCAUAACCCACCCCCGGGAUCACCUGAACCACCAGCCCCGGAUCCACCUCCACCAAGCACUUGGCGAUUGUAUGUUGAUGGCGCAUCUAACAAGAAGACAAGUGGAGCCGAUAUCCUGCUAAUUAGCCCGAACGAUCAAGUCUACGAGUACGCCCUCAAAUUUGCCUUCAAGGCAUCCAACAAUGCCGCAGAAUACGAGGCACUCAUAGCAGGUCUGUAG